UACUCACAAUACCAUAAGAAAUGUGAAAAAUGGUAGGUGGAGUUCAUUUAUUGUAGCAUUAUUCUUAAAAACAAAUGAAGAUAAACACCUCAAACUUCCCAUGAAUAGAAGGCUGGUCACAAUCAUCUAACAGAUCCUUAGGGCAGCUGCUAAAUGAGGAGGGAUGCUUUGUAUACUAAUACAGCAUUGUCUAAAUUGCGUACUUUCUAAGUGGAAAGCCAGGUGUGGAACAGUAUGUAUAGUAUGUUACUGUUUUCUAAAAAGAAAGUAAAGAGGUGGGGAAAUAUAUACAGAUACAUUUGCUUGACUAAGUAUGGAAUUUCUCUAGAAGGAGUAAUAAACUUCUUAUCUCUGAGAAAACUGUGUCUAAAAUACAAGGAUGAGGGAUUGAAUUUUCACUGUAUUUCCAUCUUUACCUUUUGAAUGUUGAAUCCCUUAUAUCUAGUAUAAUUAUAUAAAAUGAAAAUUUUAAAAUGAGUCCCUACCUGGGAUGUAUGAAGAAUUAGUCACUCCAGGGAAGAUGAAUUAAAGGUAGAGGCCCUGGCAGUGCUCCGGGAACUACAUGAUUUUAUUAGGUUCAGAUGAACAUUUCCAUGGGCCCCUUAGCUCCCUCCUCUCCUACUUCCAGGCUGGUAAACCACUAAGAAACAAAAGACAGCAUUGUGUUUGAAAACUACACUCUCAUUAUAGAAAUAAAUAUGCAAACACAUGAUGUGUGUUUAAACACAUGACAGAGGGAUGAAUUAGAGGAACUAGAACUGCUGGCAACAGCUGUUCAGGAAGUUCUCAAGGACGUAGCGUUGACACAGACCUGGAAAGACAGUUGUUUUGUUUCGUUUUGCUGUUUGAGACAGGGCCUCACUAUGUAGUUCAGGCUGGUCUUGAACUCACUAUGGUCUGUAGUCCAAGCUGUCUUCAAACUCACAGUGAUCCUCCUGUCUUAGCCUUCCCAGUGCUGGGAAUGGAAAGAUAAAUUUAACAGGGAAUGAGUGUUCAGAGGAAGGGACAAGCGGGUAAGAGGAUGGUGCAGAAGUGAUGGUAUAUUUAAAGAGCAGGAGGUCCUCUCCUGGGGCCAGGAAGCUGUGUAAGUAUGGAUUUGAGGAAUUGCCAGGAUCACGUAGGGAACCACAUUCAAACACACGGUGGCUUCUGUGUCCCUUUGUGGAUGAAGGCUUUUGUAUAUGAAUAGAGUUAACAAACAAGUUUACAGUGAACAAGCAGAGUUGACCUGAGAAACAGCCCAGUGCUGGGGCAUGUGAGGUGUGUUUUUGAGAGCCUGUUUGCAGGUUCUAGCAGGGGAGCACAGCUAUUCAUAUACCUUUUAUUGAGGAAAUGGUCCUUCGCUAUUGGGGUGGUUGUCCUCUGACCAGCUGUGUAGCUCUGAGAGGGACACACAUGGAGCAGUGAGAGAGGAAGAGGACACCCUCCUAGCCAGCCAGAUCAGCCAAAUCAACCCUGGUGAUCAAUGGGGUGAUAGAUGUCGCAGCCAGAUUGCCCUCACAUCCAGCAGGGCAUGUUCUUGAAGAUAUGAGAAUGUGAGAGACAGUUUAAUAGCUCAAGGAUAUUUGAGAGCUAGUUGGAACCAGACUGAGGUUAAGGACUCAGGAGAGAUGUUUGGUGAAGGAACCAGACAGCCCUGGUCAGCCAGCUUUCUGUUGGCCUUUGGUUCUUUAUUUUUAUAGCCCUCAGAAACUAGUUUUACACCUGGCCAAAGCCACUAACUAGACUCUAACCACACUGGGUGCCUCUUCGGUCUGUACCAGGCACUCUUGCCUCUGGGCAGGUAGUUGGCUACUCCCACGUACCUUGUUCUAUAAUAAUGCAGGGACUGCAUGCAGAACUGGCUCCAAAACCCAGACUGGAGACAAGCUCAGUUUCCUGAGUGAUGACAAGAGUUAACCAAUAGAGAGUUCAGGGUACUUAGCCAGGCAUUCCCACCAUGCUGCAGUCAAAUCAGACUGCACUGAUUACACACAGGGCUACAGGACCGUGGAAGGGCUGAGGGAGCCUUUUGGCUUACUUGUCACCUGUGCUGAGGGCUUGCUCUGUUCACUGUUUAGUAUGAUGGGGCCAGUAUUUUCUUGGCCUCUCUCUGGACAUAGUUGCCUCUGUCAUACAGCUCAUUCUUGAGUACUUAGUCUAGGUAAGUAUGUAGGCAGCCUCAUUUAGAAUGCUAAUAACCUUACCUGUAGAGUGUUUUUAUAGCACAAAUGGAUUGAGCAGCUCCUUGGGCUAGAAACCUUGAUUCAAGUAACAUGAUUCCUUAUUUCUCAUGUUUGCAAGAGUGCCUCCCCCAACCUUGGGUAGAAAAGAACUGUUUUGGAGAUAUAUAUAUAUAUCAUAUAUAUAGAAAUAUAUAUUUUCUUCAAACUUAUUUAUGCCCCCCUACAUCCCAGGAGUUAUACUAAAUGCUAGGAGUUAAAUACUAAGAUAAAUAAGGUCCCCAAUAAGGUCCUUUCUGGUAGGUGGGAGGAAGGGGCAGAACAGAUGCAAACCCAGAGAAACACUGGAAAAUUUAGUAAAUCUUAGAACUCUAUUUGAAUUAUUCUAGGAGUCCUAAAGAAGUUACUUCAUUAAAACAGGAAAGAGGGGAGUUAGGGGACAUAGUGCCAUUGAACUGUUGGGGGAGUUAACCAGGCAGAGGGACAGAAAGAGUGUUUGGGCAGAAUAGUGUAGGCACAGUGGGAUCAAAGCCACUGAGCUGAGAAGCAAUUGAUUGCUGUGUUUGUUGGACUAGAGUCUAUCUGGUACAGCCCAAGUGUGAGGCCGGGGUAGUAAGAAGAGACCUGGAGAGAUAGUUCUUGGGAAGAUUUUUCUAGGUCUUCAUUCUUAUAGGUGGAGGUGGGAAGUGGAGAGUUUUAUGUUCUGGGCAAAUGGCGUGUGGGGAGGAUUAGGGACAAGAGAGUGAGGGUCAGAAUCUGAAAGCUCAGCUUGACUGAAACACAUAGCUUAGAGAGCAGGAGCCUGAAAGGGAAACUGUGUAAGAGUUCAUGUUUCAUCUUUAGGACAGAGAGGUUAAAACAAGAGAGUCACAUACUGAGCCGUACAUUUGUGAAGAUAUGCCAACGGCUCUGAAUAGUGAUCAAAAGGACAAGGACUAGAGAAGGGCAGGAAAGCUGGUCAGAAAGCAAGUGUCCUAAUUUGAUGAGCAGUGAUGUUGCUUGGACUUGGAGGUGGCAAAAUGUCAGGUGAUAGGCCACAGUUAGUCAUUUGUGCCUAUUCUAAUUUACUAUUUUUUAAAACAUCGUGACACUUAGUAAUUACUGUAAAAAUCCUUUCUUUGACUCUGGGUCUUGUCCCCAUCCAUGUGAGUCCUACACAUUUCUUGGUAUUACCAUCCUUUCCUUGGGGAAGGCUCCUUCACCUGGACUGGGUGCUCCAAGGUAUCUUGUGGUCCCCAAGUGUAGCUCAUACCACACCAUGCCUGCUCAUAAUUAAUGGGCCAGUUGUGUGUCUCCUCUGCUAAACUUUAUACUUCCUAGCAACAGGGAUUCCUUCUUGAUGCUGUCAAGACACUGGUAUCUAAUGCAUUAGUGCUUGGUACAUAGGAGGUGCUCCAUAAUUUGUCAAAUGUAUAAUAUAUUAAUAAAUGAAUUAUUCAGAUACUUUGGAUCUAUAUAUUUUAGCAAGAAAACCCAGGAUUUUUUAUUUGUUUCAAGAUGUUGGCAGUCUGCUCCACUCCCUGCAGUAUAGUAUGUUAUGUUUAGAAACAACAAAUGACAAUAAAAUAUUGGCUUUUAUAAUUACUUUAACUAGUAUAGGUCUAUCAGUCUGUACUUACAAUGUUUUUAUAAGCUAAAGAGAUGACUAGCCUGCUGAAGUAGCACAUGCCUGUAUCUAGCUACUCAGUAGCCUGAGGCAAGAAGAUCACAAGUUUGAGGGCAGCUUGGGCAACUUAGCAAAAAAGAAAAUGAGAUGAACAGCUACUUUUUAAACAAACAUUCAUAAACGGUGAGAUCAGUUCUCUGGCUGUUGAUUUUGAAACAAUGCCAAAUUGCUUAGCUUAGAGUUGAAAAACCCUUGAAAUUUGGCUCCCUCCUCUGAGUUAUCCUGAUUUCCAGUGCCAUCUACUCGGAAAGGCUUAGGAACCAUCAGGUCUGUCUCCUGUCCUCUGUUACGCUUGUGUCACUGGUAUGCUUGUGCUAUAACAAAUACUGUCAGAAGGUAUCCUCCAUUAUUACUCUUCCUGUUGUUAAAGAUCUUGGUCUUCCACAGCUUGGUCCAAACCUCCUCUUCCCUGGGUGAGAAAACUUGCUCCUGGGUAGAACAGAUCAUCCCAUGCUUUGAGCUGCAUCUGGUUCUCAGCAUUCUCCUUCUUUAUAGUUAGUACACAAACUCCACAGCUCAACUCUUAUUCUACACUCUACUAUUCUUUGGUUGUCUCAUAGGUUUAGACUUACCUGUCUGAUGAGGUAGCCUUCCAGAAGAGAGAUCAUGGGAUACAUGGUUGCCUUCCCCAGCCCCAUCAAUUCAGGAUGGUGUGUGUGGUGGCAGAAGCCAAGUGGACUCCCUCCUGCCAUCUCUUUCUCAGUUAUUUUGAAUCUGACCUAAUUGAAGACUGAGGUUAUGAAGUCGAUCCUAGAUGGCCUUGCAGACACCACCUUCCGAACCAUCACCACAGACCUCCUCUAUGUGGGCUCAAAUGACAUCCAGUAUGAAGACAUCAAAGGCGACAUGGCAUCCAAAUUAGGGUACUUGCCACAGAAAUUUCCUUUAACUUCCUAUAGGGGCAGUCCCUUCCAAGAAAAGAUGACUGCAGGAGAAAAUGCCCAGUUGGUCCCGGCAGACCCAGGGAACCUUACAGAAUUCUACAACAAGUCUCUGUCAUCCUACAAGGAGAACGAUGAGAACAUCCAGUGUGGGGAGAACUUCAUGGAUAUGGAGUGCUUCAUGAUCCUGAACCCCAGCCAGCAGCUGGCCAUCGCUGUGCUUUCACUCACACUGGGCACUUUCACAGUUCUGGAGAACCUGCUGGUCCUCUGCGUCAUCCUCCACUCCCGCAGCCUCCGAUGCAGGCCUUCCUACCACUUCAUCGGCAGCCUGGCAGUGGCAGAUCUCCUAGGGAGUGUCAUUUUUGUCUAUAGUUUCGUUGACUUCCACGUGUUCCACCGCAAAGAUAGUCCCAAUGUGUUUCUGUUCAAACUGGGUGGGGUCACAGCUUCCUUCACAGCCUCUGUGGGCAGCCUGUUCCUCACAGCCAUUGACAGGUACAUAUCUAUACACAGGCCCCUGGCCUACAAGAGGAUCGUUACUAGGCCCAAGGCUGUCGUGGCCUUUUGCUUGAUGUGGACCAUAGCUAUUGUAAUUGCCGUGCUGCCUCUCCUGGGCUGGAACUGCAAGAAACUGCAGUCUGUCUGCUCAGAUAUUUUCCCGCUCAUUGACGAAACCUAUCUGAUGUUCUGGAUUGGGGUCACCAGCGUCCUGCUGUUGUUCAUCGUGUAUGCGUAUAUGUACAUUCUCUGGAAGGCUCACAGCCACGCCGUCCGCAUGAUUCAGCGUGGAACUCAGAAGAGCAUCAUCAUCCACACAUCGGAGGAUGGCAAGGUACAGGUGACCCGGCCGGACCAAGCCCGCAUGGACAUUAGGCUGGCCAAGACCCUGGUCCUGAUCCUGGUGGUCCUGAUCAUCUGCUGGGGCCCUCUGCUUGCAAUCAUGGUAUAUGAUGUUUUUGGGAAGAUGAACAAGCUCAUUAAGACGGUGUUUGCCUUCUGCAGUAUGCUCUGCCUGCUGAACUCCACCGUGAACCCCAUCAUCUAUGCUCUGAGGAGCAAGGACCUGAGACAUGCUUUCCGGAGCAUGUUCCCCUCGUGUGAAGGCACUGCGCAGCCUCUGGAUAACAGCAUGGGGGACUCAGACUGCCUGCACAAGCAUGCAAACAACACAGCCAGUGUUCACAGGGCUGCGGAAAGCUGCAUCAAAAGCACAGUCAAGAUUGCCAAGGUGACCAUGUCUGUAUCCACAGACACGUCUGCCGAGGCUCUGUGAGCCUGAUGCCUCCCUGGAAGCACAGGAAAAGAAAUUCAUUUUUUUUUAAGCUCAAAAUCUAGAAGAGUCUGUCGUCUCAUCGGUUAUAUUUUUUUAAGUUUACCAUGCUCAGUGAAAAGGUGAUUGUCACCAUGAUCAUUUAUCAGUUCACUGACAUUUCAAUCGUUUAGGUACUCAAACUCCAUUCUCCAGGGGUUUACAGGGAAGAAAGCUUGCUGCUUAAGUGACUGGAUAGUUCUUCAGAGUCUCAGUGAAAUAGGAGGGAAACCUUUGGCUACACAAUUUGAAGUCCAAGUACCCAUAGAAAAAUGCCAUCAAAUGAGUAAUGCCUUUGUAAUCACAACUUUCAUUCUUAUGUGACAUGUAUUUGUCCAUAGUAUCAGAGAUGUCCAUUUUUACAACAGUUAUAGUACUAAACUAGAGUACUAGAAAUAUUUUGUAAAAUGUAUUGUGUCCUGUGAGUUGUGUAUCAGUGUUUACUAUGUGUUACUUACAUUUGUCUGGUUUAGCAAAACUGAAAGGUAGACUUUUAUGGGAACAAUGGAACACAGCAGUGGAUAUAUGCCAGUGAGACCACUUUUUAAAAAUAUUGUCCAUGAUAUUUUAGAAACCUUAAUAUUUCUUCAAAUAUCUCCAUCUUAAUUUGACACUGAAAUAACUAUAAAGGUUUAUUUUUCUGAUAAAACAACAAGAAGAAUUUGAAGACUAUCAAAGUAUUGAGCAGAAUUCAUUGACACUUAAACAUUUGUUAAGCCCUUUAUUUUCAUAAGAGGACAUUUAUCAUCUUCUGCACCAUAGCUGUUCUAUUGGGUAAUGGAUUGUAAUCAGAAUGGAAACGAGAAAGCAUAUUGACUUUUUUAGGCUGACAUCUCUGACUUUCUUUAGUCGCUAGCUAUUACUGGACCUCUUAAAACAGCAUGUGUCAAUCUUAAUGUAUAUUGUUAUCACUGUGCAGUUGCUGUUUUUCUUGAAGAGUAUUGCAUUCUUAUAUUCCAGGUUUAAGUAGAUUUCAUGCCUGGUGGCCAAACAACAGUUCUCAUUUUUUUAAUUGAAAAAAGUAUUGUCUCGAUCAGUAAAGUUAUAUUGUGUGUGAGUGUGAAUAUAAAUGUGUAUAUGUGUAUGUUUUCUAUCUUGUAACUGUUACUGCAAUGUCAUAAAGAAAACUGUGACCAAGUGUAAACUGUACUACUUGCUGCACACUUGCACAUGAAUGCAGUUUCUAAAAUUGAGUUCUUCCAGAAGUCUUGUUGACAAAAAUUCUGAUUAUAAAGCAUUGUCCCCUUUAAGAGAUUGGGCCAAGUAUUAAUACAUUAGCCUUUAGGUAUUACAUAAGACCAGUGUUUAGUAAGGAAUAAUCAAUGGCAGUCAUUCAAGUAAACAUUUGUAUUUAUAGUGUUGUGGAAAAAUAAGAGUGUUUUGGUUUCUGAGCACCUAGUGUCCAUCAAGUUUAUGGAGAAGUAAAUCACUAAAGGAAAAUAGUUUAAAAAACCCCAAACAGUAGCAUUUUUCAAUUGCCUAUGUAGGUAGCAUGAUCCCAGUUUUAGUAACAUUAUACACACCAUGCUGAAACAGGACUACCACGUCUACAUCAUGUGGCUGAGGAGGCUGAAUCAAGAAGUGAGUGAUACAGGUAACAAAGAGCUGACACGGCACACUUGGGAUGUGUGAGCUGUGCUUUGUUCAGAUGCCCUUCAUAAGGACGAAGAUGGCUUUCUUUCUUUGGAUGCCACAGUCUCACAUUCCUUAAUGGUAUCAUAAGUGCUCUGAAUUAGGCCCCUUUUCAGUAGGGAAGGAAGUGCUUAAGGAGCCACUUGACCCUGUCAAAUUUCACUUACAAACAAUCUUUCCUCCUUAUACUGAUAAAGAGUGGGUCCUAUAGGGUCCUGGGGCCACAUAUCAUGAAAAGAAGUGCAAAGCUAGCAUCUAUCUUGUCAUUUUUUGCUCUGGUGAUACCCAAGCAGUCUGAUGGGGCAAUUGAUGGUCUAAGAUGGAAUGUUGUCUGUGGACCAUGCUGGGAUACAGUUAGAAACUGUCUGCUGGUUCUCUCACUUUACCUUUCUGUAAUAUGCGAAUGAGGGCUCAGCAUGCUGGAGAGUGAAAAAAAUCUUUAGAAGGAGAUAAGAUUAUUGACAAACAAAACUUGCCAGGUUCUAGUUUCCAUUUAAGAAUUGCCAGUCUUUUGUCUUGCAUCAUCCUGAAUAUUAAUCCACAUGUCUUCAAGUUCACCAGGCAGUACCAAAUCUCUUCACACAACUGUGAAGACCUAAUGGAGAUGAAAUUCUUACAGGUAUAAAAAAAUUCCAGGAUUCAUUUUUGAAACUGUAUUUGUGUGAAUGUCAUGUAGGUUUAAUAGUAUAUUAUGCUUUUAAGACCUAAAUCAUAUACAAAAAUUAAGGGACAAUGGGGCUGAUAGCACUAAACUUGGUGCUUACUGAUAUUCUAAGAAAUAUCUGUGAAAUAUCAUCAUAUAUGUGUUAGCCACCUUCAUUUAAAAACACUUAAAAUUAGUUGGAUUCAUUUUGACACUUCCCAUAUCAUUUCCUAAUCCAAGUGACUAAAAUGUUCUCUCCAGUGAAUAUACUCAUUAGAAUUACCAUUCAUUAGCAUCAUUCAUUAACUAGUCCCUUAACUAGAUCCAUUAAUUUAAAUAUUAUUUAAAUUUAAGUAUUUAUAGGCUCUGGCAACAGUUAUCUUCUUUUUCUCUGAGGAUGACAUUUUUCCUGACCAUGCAUUCUGCCAUCAUUCAUCUUCAGAAAGGGCCAAAUUCCCAACCCACUCAAUUUCUUUAGAGUAAUGAUUCAGACCUAGACUAACAGUUUCAAUUAGACAAGUAAGGCUGCCUCCAAGAAUCACUUAUUUUCCAUUACAUAUUGAAUAUGUGUAAGAGAAACAUGAUCUGGGAGACACUGCAGACAUGCCUGCCACUGAGACGAUUCUCAAGCCUCCCCGGUAGUUUGAGUCAAGUCUGUCUCUUAUUAAAUGUCAAGGAAUUUUGUCUGCCUAAAUUCACACUGCAGGAAACAGGCCCAACCACCAAAUGAGAAUCAGGCCCUGGAUGAGUAGCACUCUAAUUACUGCCCUGUUGAUUAUUUUUUGCCAUUUCAUAUCCAUAAAAGAGACUAUCAAUAUCAUGCACAAAAUUAGAUUUCUCACACUUUAACUGUAUAUUUGUAUGAUAUUUUAAAAUCUCCUAAAUGCUGGGCAAUGGCUAUUCACAAUUGUCUUGCACUGGCCUUCUGAUGAAAUGUUGACAAUGCCUAUUGUAAUAUAGAUGAAACAUUCUCUCUACUGAUUUGGGUUGAAUGUAUGUAAAUAGGUUUUUUAAAAGUCAGAUGUUUAAGCAGUGGAUUACCAAUCAGAAAUUUUCAGACAGGAGAGUUUCUUUACAUUGCUGUGACAUCCUAACAGCUCUCUUCAUGUAUACUUACUGGACCAGGCCUCCUGGGGAUCAGAGUCACCCAGAAAGGAAACUUUUUCUUGUAAUAAUAUGAAUUAAUAUACCAGAUUACCUAGAUUCUUAUUUCCAGUGUUUCAAGUGGAAAACAUUACUCUUUACUGUAUGUAGAUCUAACAUUAUUACUUUUCCUCUUAGAAGAAUAUUGUAUUGUUAGAUGUUUGUUGAGCUGGUAACAUCCUUGCAACAGCUGUAAUAUCUUUGUUAGUAAUCUCUAUAAUACUUUGUAUACAAGUACUGGUAAGAUUGUUAUUAAAUGUAGCUUCAGUCAUUAAAUUACUAGAGCAAAGUAGUACUUCUGUAAUAUUUACAAUGUAUUAAGCUCACAGUAUAUUUAUUUCGUUGGUGUAAUUUAAGUGUUAUUUAUUCAAGAGAAAACAUUUCAUCAUGUCUAUUGUCCAAAGUUACCUGGAAUCAAAUAAAAAUUCUAGAUUAUCAUGAAGAACAUAAAA